CUGUCCACGAGGGUGAAGGGGGAGAAGGAAGCAGCCCAGAGAGGACCCGGAGCAGGGCAAACACAAAUGGAGAAGCUGAGGGCAAGGAAGGGAGCGACAUGGGACCCCACCUGUUGUCCAGGCAGCCUCUGCUCUCCAGGAGCCGGUGGCACAGUCAGUCAGAGAAUAGUCACUACCUGUCCUGCCCUUGUGCGUCCUGGGAGGAAAGUGCUCGCCCACUCCUGACCUGUGUCACACUCACUACGAAGGCAGGUAUUAGAAGAAUCCCAUGAAAGUAAACAGGGUGUUCAAACGGAUCCUUAAAAAUGAAAGUGCAGGCUGCGAGUUGGUAGCGUGGGAGGUGCAGGGUGUGUGUUCUUGUGCAGAGGCGCAUGGGGUUUGCAGAGGAGACAGGGGAGCUUUGUGCACCCGGAGCAAUGAACAAGCAGCGAAUUCUCUGUCCCUCACGGUGGCUCCACGGUUCCAGCGACAUGCGGGGGCUCCUCUUCUCCACUCUUCUCCUUGCCGGCCUGGCACAGUUCUGCUGCAGGGCACAGCGCACUGGACCGUUAGAUACAACACCUGAAGGAAGGCCUAGAGAAGCAUCAGAUGCACAUCAGCGUAAACAGUUUUGCCACUGGCCCUGCAAAUGCCCUCAUCAGAAGCCCCUUUGCCCUCCUGGAGUGAGCCUGGUGAGAGACGGCUGUGGAUGCUGUAAAAUCUGUGCCAAGCAACCAGGGGAAAUGUGCAAUGAAGCUGACCUCUGUGACCCACACAAAGGGCUGUACUGUGACUACUCAGGAGACAGGCCUAGGUAUGAGACCGGAGUGUGUGCAUACCUUGUAGCUGUUGGAUGCGAGCUCAAUGGGGUACACUAUCAUAAUGGCCAAGUGUUUCAGCCCAACCCCUUGUUUAGCUGCCUCUGUGUGAGUGGGGCCAUUGGAUGCACGCCUCUGUUCAUACCAAAGCUGGCUGACAGUCACUGCUCUGGAGCCAAAGGUGGAAAGAAGUCUGAUCAGUCAAACUGUGGCCUGGAACCAUUACUACAGCAGCUUUCAACAAGCUACAAAACAAUGCCAGAUUAUAGAAAUCUCCCACUUAUUUGGAAAAAAAAAUGUCUUGUGCAAGCAACAAAGUGGACUGCCUGCUCCAGAACAUGUGGGAUGGGAAUAUCUAAUAGGGUAACCAAUGAAAACACCAACUGUGAAAUGAGAAAAGAGAAAAGAUUGUGUUACAUUCAGCCUUGUGACAGCAAUAUAUUAAAGACAAUAAAGAUCCCCAAAGGAAAAACAUGCCAACCUACUUUCCAACUCUCUAAAGCUGAAAAAUUUGUCUUUUCUGGAUGCUCAAGUGCUCAGAGUUACAAACCCACUUUUUGUGGAAUAUGCUUGGAUAAGAGAUGCUGUAUCCCUAAUAAGUCUAAAAUGAUUACUAUUCAAUUUGAUUGCCCAAAUGAGGGGUCAUUUAAAUGGAAGAUGCUGUGGAUUACAUCUUGUGUAUGUCAGAGAAACUGCAGAGAACCUGGAGAUAUAUUUUCUGAGCUCGAGAUUCUGUAAAAGAUUCAUCCAAGCUCAAGAUUCAUCCAAGCAAAUGGAUGAAAAGUAGUCAAUCCUGUCAUAUAAUAAAAAAAUUAGAGUAUAAAAUGUUGGCAAAUCUUUUUGUUUAAAACAGUAAGAAUGCCUAGCUAUCCUCAGAUCACUAUAUUUAAGGCAUUAGAAGUUUUUUAAAAAAGUUCU